AUGAACAGCCCACCUACCGAAAGAUCUGCCGCUACCGAGAUUCACUUUCCGACAACGCAUGACGAGCGAGUCUUUUGGCUCGACCAGGCUUGGAAAGGUCCGUGGUUCCCAGUAGAUGGUAGGAUCGGCUGGCUGGGCACAGAUUCUUCCCUUGCGUUCUAUAUGAUUAGGAUUACCCACGCUGCUAUUGAUCAAGGGAUCCCACUUGCUUCUCUCUGGGAUGCCGAGUCACCUCACGGGCAUCUACGUCGAGCUGUUAUGAGGGAUUCUACCGCCAUGAAGAAUUCUGAGGGUUCCCAGCCUCAACUUUUGACCCCCGACAUUGUCACCGAGGUUUACGAAAUCAUCAUGGCCUCUGAGAAACCUGCACUAAAUAACACACCUUCCGAACACUCCAGCGACAAGUGUGAUGAUGGAAACUCCAUCGACUUGCCUCCCCCUCCUCAGGCGGAAGUGACGACGACCGCGCAGUUCGAACCGUUGGCCAAAACCGAGAAUGAAUUUCGACUCAAGCGUCCAAUCGAACACCAGGAUGGGCUCUCGGCAAUGCCUCCUCAUGUCCAUCAUGAGGACAAGUCCAGUCCUCUGAAGCGCAUCUUUCGAACAGCUACAUAUGCCUCUUCCGGCACAACAAGCCAGCAAUCGGCCGCGGAAGUCACUGCAAUCACUGGUAUAACGACCCAGUCAGGCCCGAUCGACAAGAACCCCCGGUUCCAGCCAGCACUCGAAGCAUACAUGGGCUCCCCAGACCUAUCGACACGUCCCGAAACGUUUGUCAGUCCCAAUGGACUGCUCCAACUCCCCUCCUCGCCCAUGCAGUCACCUGAGCACUCCCUCCUCCCCUACGUUUCAUCGCCCCCGGCCGACGAGCCACUGAACAAAGCUCCGACUCCCACUUCUCCGAUGACACCAACCAAGAAGCGCAAGAGGGCCAUGGUCAGCGUGCCCUCAACGCCGACACACUCAGUGAGAAGCGAGCGACUCACGGGGCCAUUGACAGUUGAAAAGAUCCUCCGUCAGCUCACCUGUGACGUCCAGCUCACCGACGAUGUUGUCGAACUCGUCUGUCAAGCGAUCGUUGUCGAACACGGCGACGACAACGUACGACUUCUCAGCCCUCUGUGGUUCGAAGCAGACGAGCUCAGUGCUUUGCCCCAAACGAUUCGGAAUCUAGACCAGGAGCAGACUAUCUGUUUUCCCAUUCACCACAAGUUCCCCAAGCACUGGACAAUGGGUGUUGCGCGUGUGACUGCCGACCAAGUGGUGCUGACCUUUCACGAUUCCAUGCAGUGCAGUGAACGUGCCAAUACUGUUCGACGACGCUUCGGGGCAUGGAUGGAAGCAGUCAGACUCAAGCAGCCUCUCGUAUUCCAGACAAAGGAGUGCACACUGCAGAAGGACGCUACCAGCUGCGGCGUUCACGCUGCCGUUUGCCUCCGCCGUGACCUGCGCAGGGAGACUUGCUGCGACCCGAUAGAACCGUUUUUGGAGAAACGAGCAAUGCUGGAGGGCCUGCGAACUGUCAGGGAGACUUCGCCGAUCCAUUCGACCACCUUUCCCCUUCUCCAAGAGCUCCGAAGCCGACAGAGCCUGGGUGCAGAUGCGUCUAUCGUCUCGACACCUUGUCGUGGAGGCAGCGCCAUGCCCGUCACGGCUCGGCAAGAAUCCGAGGUCCAAGUUAUUCGACCUCAGAUGGGCCUUGGGUAUGUGCUCGAUGGCCUCAGCCUGGAGACACUACAAGGGCGCCUCAAAGAUGCAGAGACUCGACUCGACGAAGCGAUCAACGCCCGCGAUAACGCCCAGGACACGCUCCGAGAGCUUGAGCUCAGCCAGAGAUUGAUCCAUGACAUGUACCCCCGCAUCAUCACCUACGUCCGGUCUCGCGGUAUCAAUAUGGAUGAAUACAGCGACGCCACGAUGGCAGUGGAGGGGAACAUGAUGCCCGAGGCUUCAAACCAUGGCCAACUCUUCCAACAACGACGAAACAUCAUGGGGGACUUUCUGAAGGCUGCUGAACGCGAAGGAGUUGAGUGCUCUCUCGCGGGGGUCCGAGAGGCUCAAGCUCGGAUUUUUGCGGACAUUGGGAACACCCAGCAGAUCCUCGACCAGCGGAAUGAGGAGAUUACGAGCGUCGAGAGCGAGGUUGCAAGCCUUCAAGAGAUUUGCGAGGCUAAGAAAGCAUUGGAAAAGUACUCUGGGCCUGAUUGUCUGGCCUAUUUCCGGUCCUUGCAAGGUCUGUGA